AUGGCUUCCAGUAGCGGCCAAACUCCCAAAAGCCCGCAGGCUCAGAGCGCCAAAAGCUCGCAGAGCCCCAACACCUCACAGUCACAGAGCCCCAAAAGCUCGCAGAGCCCCGAGGCAGCAUCGCCAGCACCCGCUGCUGCACCCGCUGCUGCCCCCGCACCUCUGCUCAGCGCCGAGGCGGCGACUGCGGCUGGUAUUCUUCCUGCAUCGCACUGGGCUGAUCAGCCGCUUCCCGAGGAACGUCCGGACGAUGAUGCUGACUCUACGUUUGGAUCGGACGUCGGCAGCACCGCUUCCUUGACCAGCAGCAUUUUCGAGUACCGCACCCACCAUGGCAGAACUUACCACGGCGAUAUCGGUAAUGCCGAGGCCUGGGAGCCCAACGACCAGCAUCACGUCGAUGCCAUGGAUGUAGCCCACCACUGUCACACAGUGUGCCUCGGCGGAAAGCUUUUCAUGUCCCCUCUUGAUAAGAAGAGGGUCCAGAAGGUAGUGGAUAUUGGCACAGGCACCGGCCUUUGGGCAAUCGAUUUUGCCGAUGAAUUCCCCAACGCGAUCGUUAUUGGUACCGACGUCUCCCCCAUCCAACCUUCGUGGGUACCUCCCAACGUCAAGUUCGAACUCGACGAUUGUAACCAGGAAUGGACCUGGGCCGAUAAUACCUUUGACUUUGUUCACAUGCGCAUGUUGAUGGGCGUGAUUGCCGACUGGUACGACAUCUUCCGCCAGGCCUAUCGGACCUGCAAGCCAGGCGGCUAUGUUGAGACCUUCAUCGGCUCUCCCCAAUUCAAGAGUGACGAUGGGUCGGUAAAGCCAGAUAGCGCCCUGGGUCAAUGGGGCAAAGUCUUUAGUGAGGGCGGCAAAAAGUUCGGAAGAACGUUUGACGGUGUUGAGGAGGAUCUGCAAAGGAAGGGGAUGGAAGCGGCCGGCUUUGUCGAUAUCGAGGUCAAGGACAUUCUAUGUCCGAUUGGCACCUGGCACCCGGAUAAGGAGGCUGCAGAGCGAGGACUGUGGUGGAAGAUGUCGCUUGACAUGGAUCUGGAGGGAUAUCUCACCUACAUCUGCGCCAACCUGCUGGGCUGGACGGUAGAAGAGACAAAGGUCUACUGCGCCCAUGUUAGGAAGGAGUGGGCUGAUCGUAGCAUCCAUGGCUACGUCUGGUUGCGUGUCGCAUGGGGCCGGAAGCCAGAGUAA